GUUAUUAGCGAUUAGACGGAUUUUGGAAGUUUUUGUGUUCUAAGGGUCUAUCAUUUGCAAAACGCACAAUGACAGUUAAAAAUUUGGCGUGCUCUCUAACAGUUUUAUUGAUUCUCUUCACCAAUCGCUCACGCGCAAGUGUUAGCGAUGAUAUUUGCCACUUCUUUCCAAAUGAAACAACAGUUCGCGAUCCAAAUUCAUGUAGCCAAUACAUUACUUGUAUUAAUUCAGUGUCCCACUAUACAGCCUGCAGCUCGUCUACGCCAUAUUUCGAUAAGGACACUGGAAAGUGUGUGAAAACUUUGUCUGAUUACAGCAACUGUGGCGUUUUCUGCGAAGACAGUGUGGGCCAAUUCAUUGACGAUCCUACAUCCUGUAACGGCUACUACUACUGCAAUGAUGCGACCACACCAAUUCGUGGCACUUGCCCGGACAAUACACAUUUCAACUCAACCUUACAGGCGUGCGUCUACAAAACAGAUUCUCAAUGCAAAUUGAAGGAACUCGAUGUCUGUGCAAUUGCCAAAAAUGGUGUAAAGGUUGCCAGUGAUACAGACUGUCGUAAAUAUUAUGAGUGCAAAAAGGGUGUGCUUUCGGAAAGUCAAUGCGGCAGAGGUCUAUAUUAUAAUGCUCUCAGCGGUACUUGUUUAGCUAAGUGGAGGGUUAAUUGCGCCAAGCAUCCGCUGCCCGACAAUGUUUGCGGCACGACAAAAAAUCCCUACAUCAAUCAGUUCGUUUCGGAUGAUGCGACUUGUCGAGGCUACUACUAUUGUAACGAUAAGAUAGUGCCUGACCCUGCACCAAAAUGGGGUCAGUGCUCCAAUGGCACCUUCUUCGAUGCAAAAACCGAAACUUGUGCCAAUCCCUUAACGGUUGCAUGCCCCAGCGGAGCGGAUCGCUGUGAGGGACGUUCGCUCACCUUUGUGAGUGGCAGCGAAAAGGGCUGUCGUCAAUAUUUGCGCUGCCAGGACGGCAAAACGGAGGCGGAGUUGUCAUGUGGCAAUAGAUUCUUCGAUGAAAAUUUGGUGGCCUGCAUAUCUUCACCCAUUACUUACCAAUCAUGUGCUUCGUAA